UCUCCGAGGUCACGCUUUGAAGACGCCAGGGCCCUGGAGGGAGUGACUUCAGGCUAGACCCCGAGACAGCCCCAGAUCUCGGCGCCCCGACCGCUUCCGUCUGCAGGGGACCCCAAGAGCGGUUCCUCUAAGUGGCCGGCCCGCCGCCCAGAACUGCGCUCCCGAGCCAUGCCUCCGCCGCGGGGUGACGUGACAGCCUUGUUCCUGGGGCCCCCGGGCACCGGCAAGUCCGCGUUGAUCGCAGCCCUGUGCGACAAGGAUGUGGAGACGCUGGAGCCCCCCGAGGGGCCGUCGGACUCCAGGGUCCCCAGCUUGCGGGCGGCGGGCCCCGGCCUCUUUCUGGGCGAGCUGAGCUGCCCGCCCGCCGUGCCGGGACCCUGGGCGGCGGAGGCCAACGUGCUGGUGUUGGUGCUGCCGGGACCCGAGGGCAACGGCGAGGUCUUGGCCCCGGCGCUGGGGGAGGCCGCGCGGGCAGCCCUGGCGCGCGGGACGCCGCUGCUGGCGGUGCGGACCCUCCGCGCCGGGAGUUCCCAGGAUGAAGGCCAAGCGCGCGAGCAGACGGCGGCCUUGCUGGACUGCGCCGGGUUGGGAGCCGUGGCUCUCUUCGUGGUCCCGACCGACCGCAGCGGCAGCCCUGCCGGCGAGGAGCUGGAGCGCCUGCGGGCAGCUGUGCAGAGCCAGGCGGAGGCCCUGCAGAGACUCCUGCCGCCGGCCCAGGAUGGCUUCGAGGUACUGGGUGCAGCAGAGUUGGAAGCCGUGCGUGAAGCCUUUGAGACGGGUGGCUUAGAGGCAGCUCUGUCAUGGGUGCGCGCCGGCCUGGAGCGCCUGGGCAGCGCGCGCGUGGACCUGGCUGUGGCCGGCGCAGCUCACCUAGGCCUCGUGCUGGACCUGCUCCUGGGUCUGGAUCCUGGCGACCCAGGUGCCGCCCCUGCUUCUGCGCCUGCGGACCCCACGCCCUACCCAGCUCCUGAGCGCCCCAACGUGGUGCUGUGGACAGUCCCGCUGGACCCCGCGUGCGCUGCAGCCACCCCCCAGCCAACUCACUUCGACGCCGUCAUCCUUGUCACGCCUGGGGCCCCCACCGAGAAGGACUGGGCCCAGGCCCGGGCCUUGGUGCCUCCAGAUGGGCCGCUGGUCUGCGUGCGAACAGACGGCGAGGGUGAGGAGCCCAUGGCUCUGGAAGGAGAGGAAAUGAUGGAGAAGCCCAGCGGUGGAGAGGGCAUUGAGAAUCGCGCCGCUGGAGCGUCAGUAGCGGGCAGCGAUGAUGGUUUGCCGCAGAUUGGCGCCGGUACGGCAUCAGGCACGUCCAUCUCAGAGGACGAGACUUGGGAGGUGCUGGAGGAGGCGCAGCCACCCGUGUUCCCACUGCGCCAGGCCGGGCUGCCCGGGCUCUGCGCUUGGCUUCGGCGCGCGCUCCCCCCAGGCCAGGCCGGGGCGCUGCUACUGGCGCUGCCGCCCUCCUCGCCCAGCGCGGCCCGAACCAAGGCCAGGCUAGGUGCGUGGGCCGGCGAGGGCAGAGCUGGGGGCGCGGCGCUGGGGGCGCUGUCCUUCCUGUGGCCGGCGGGCGGCGCUGCGGCCACUGGUGGCCUGGGCUACCGGGCGGCGCAUGGCGUCCUGCUGCAGGCGCUGGAUGAGAUGCUGGCAGACGCCCAAGCGGUGCUGGCAUUCCCGUCCUCUGCCCAGUAAGCUGUAUCCACCCCCCUCAAGCACCUGGAACAGCGCCUGGCAGACAGUAAGUGCCUAGUGUUUCAGAAUUGGGUCCCCUGAUCAGUGGCAUCCAGGGAAGACAUCCGCCAGCCAGUUACUGCCCUCCAUACCCUUUCAACUGGGAGAGAAUGCUGGCCGUGUCUCCUGCUGGCAUCCGGCGCACCACGUGGCCUGUCCCUCCUCAGUCUGGCCGCGAAGCUCCUCCACCAAGCUUGGCAACCACCUGAAGGAGCAAGGGGCGGCACCACCCCCCAGGAGGAAUUCAAGCCACCCCUGUCUGCCCUUGGGCCUUAUCCUGCAGCCACAAAUAUGACAUAAAAGAAGGCCGGUGGAAUGAAUGCUUCUUAGCUUCGACUUAACCCAGUGGAACCCUAACUCUCCUUUCAACGGGGAGCCACUCGAAAGCAUGGGCUGCAUUUCUGUAUUUUGCGUUCAUGCUGAGCCUUGGAAAGGAGGAGCGGCUGGCCAGGCUCUGUCCGGUAGGGCGGCAAAGAGUUGGAAUUGAUUCCCUGGCAACAGUUGGUUGAUUAAAUCUGCAAACUGCUGCGCAUGUGA